AUGCUGAGCGGACAGCCGGCGCCGAGCCAGGACGCCGGCAAGUCGUCGUCUUCCAUCGUCUCCAACCUCGUCCCUCGCCAGCUCGUCAACUACCUCUCCGACUCGCCCCUGCCCGUCUGCAUCUUUGCGCACUCUCAGCUCGCUCACCAGCCACACGCACACCCGCACGCGCCGCCGCCGACUCUUCCUCCCCCCGUCUUUCAGAACCCCGCACUCGACUCGCUUCUCGCCCAACGGUCGGCGACGCCGGCGAUUGGGACUGUCUUGGGUGGAGCAGGCGCGUUCGGCGCCGCGAAUGGAGCGAGAGCAGCGAGGAAGGUCGAGUUCCCGGAUGCGAUGGCCGCAAAGACGAGGCAGCGGUUGAGGGACUGGCUGGCGGAUGGCGCCAAGGUCGCUUCGGGCGGAGCGCCUGCUCCUCCGACGCGAGUGACGAGCCCGUCACCUCUCCGACCAGCAGGGACGAGUCGCUCGCGUCCUUCGUCACCCGCAGUUCGACCUCCUCCAGCUCCUCUCUCCCGCCGCUCGUCUUCCUCGUCUUCGUCCUCAACAUCGACUACACGCCAGAUUUCCCUCCAACUCCACCGUACGAUCUCGAUGUCCAAGCUGCGCUGGCGAGCCACUGUCUACGACGAAGGCUACACCGUCUUGACGCUCCUGCCGGCUCUCGAGGUCGCGCAGGGACGGUCUAUGUCGGUCGAGCAGGGGACGAGCGGCGCGAAUGGGACGGUACGGAUCGACGAAGAGGACGAAUCGCCUACUCAGGCGCACCUCCCGGCCGCUCAAAUCGCCACGCCCAAGCGUGACAGCCACGACGGCGCAAAAGUCACCUCGCCCAUCGACGCAGUCUUUCCUCUCGCAGACCGUCCGCGGUCGAACAGCGUCGUCCAGCGAAGCAGAGACGUCGAGAUGCUCGGCGAGAUCGAGGUCUUGUCGGACAAGGCGAUGGAUGCAACGGCGCUUGAAGGACUGGCUUGGUCCGCUUGGAACUUGCCUGUCGGCCUCUUCCGUGCAGACACGGACUUUCGGCUUCUCCAGACGAACCCGACGUGGCGGAAACUCUGCGGUCUGCCUGAAGGCCACACGAACGACGCCUGGCCCUCCCGCAUCCACCCGGACGACCGCGCCCGAGUUGUGCAGCACUACGUCGACAUCGUCGAGAAACUCCCUCGCGAGCGGGACGAGUACGAGUUCAGGUGGUUGCCGGACAGUAAGGGCCAGGAGCAGUGGUGUGUGUGCGUGUUGAGCCCGGUGAUCAGGAGUAACGGGGAGUUGUCGGGCUAUUUGGGCGUGUUGACCAACAUCAACAAACACAAAGCGAUCGAAUCCGCCUCCGAGCGCCGCGAAGCCCAGCUCCAAACCGAACUCGCCAUCCUCUCCGACACCUGCGCCGUCGGUCUCUCGCGCCACGAGCUCGACGGGACGUUCAUCUCGGUCAACCCGGCUUGGUACGAGGUUACGGGGGUGGAUCCGUCGCAGCCUGUGGAGACUUGGCGGGCUCGGAUACACCCUGACGACCAAGAGAAGAUCUUUAAGGCCUGGGAUCACGCCCUCGCGAACCGAGAGAACCUUACGCUCCAGUUCCGGUGGGAGACCGGCGGAGUCUCGCUCGUUCAGGUCGUGUUGAAUCACCGCGAGAAGGAGAAGGCGACUGGGUGGAUUGGAAGCGUGAUUGACAUCACCGCGCAGGCUCGAGCGGAAGAAGCGAUCCUCAACCUCUCGAAGGAGCGGGAAGCGAUGGCCAAGGCUGAGGCGACCGAGUCGGAAGAGCGGAGGAAGGUUGCGGUCGAGGAGAAGCGGCAGCAGGAGCUGCUUAUCGAUGUGACGAGUCACGAGAUUCGAAACCCGAUCAGCGCCAUCCUGCAGAACAGCGACUUUACCCGCUCCUCCCUCCAAUCCCUCCGCGAAACCCUCAUCUCCCUCCACUCGCGCAACGCCCUCCCUCCCGAACUAGACGACCAGAUCCUCCACGACCUAGAAGAAGACAUCGAAGCGCUCGAUGCCAUCACCGAGUGCGGGCUCGCGCAAGAACGGAUCGCGAACGAUAUCCUCGGACUCGCUCAGAUUCAACUUAGCAAGUACAGCGUUACGCCGAUAGACUUUGAUCUCGCUACAAGCCUGCGGAAUAUCUGUCGCAUGUUCAAGAGCGAGUGCAGAACGAAAGGCAUCGAGCUCAAGCUCGUCAUCGGCUCGUCGCUCGCUCGCCUCGGUGCCCGUGCUCGAGUCUUCGCCGACCCAGCUCGCCUCACGCAGAUCAUCGUCAACCUCCUCUCGAACGCCAUCCGCUUCACCGCCAAGUCCCAAGUCCGCAUCGUCACCCUCCGCGUCGAAGUCUCCGGCGUCCCGCCUGCACCCAACGCCCCGCUCAUCCCCCCUCACGAAACCGAGUAUCAUAUCGAGGAGAAGCGGCCGAUUCACUUGUUCUUCAGCGUCGAGGAUACGGGUCCGGGAAUGACGGAGGAGGAGACGAGUCGGCUGUUCGCCAAGUUCAUGCAAGCCUCGCCCUUUACACACACGACUUGGGGUGGCUCGGGACUUGGCUUGUGGAUUGCUCGCAACCUAUGCGAGCUACAAGGCGGCCGUAUCGAGGUCGCCUCGACCGUCGGCAAAGGCUCGAUCUUCCGCUGCUUCAUCACCGCUCGUUCCGUCGAAGCGGGACCAAGAAAGGACAAUCGGGCGCUUGCUGUCGUCGAAGGCAUCACCGGACCGAAUGCGGCCGGCGGUCAACCGCCCAAGGUGUUCGUGCGGCGGGGGGAGAAGGACGAGAAGCCGUUGUCGGGAAUGACGGUCUUGUGCUGCGAGGACAAUCAGAUCAACCGGACGGUUCUGCGGCGACAGCUGCAGAAAGAAGGCUGCGACGAGGUCUUGCUUGCUGUCGACGGCAAAGAAGGUCUCGACCUCCUGAAUGCACGGCCUGCUGGACAGAUCGACUGCAUCUUGAUGGACAUCGAGAUGCCCGUGAUGGACGGUCUCGCUGCGACACGAGCGAUCCGCCAAAGUGAGCUCGACGGGACUCGAGCAGGCCAUCAGCGCAUUGUCGGCUUGACGGGCAACGCUCGAAGCGCGCAGCGGCACUCGGCGCUCGAGGCGGGCAUGGAUGCGACUGCCUGA